AUGGCACCUUUUACAGACCACGUAGUCGUCAUAUGCGGAGCAGGUAGUGGAAUCGGAAGGGCAACAUCCAUCCGCCUAGCUUCGGCUGGAGCAAAUCUAGCAUUGUCGGACAUUGAUUCAGAAGGGUUGAAAACAACACUAGAAUUGUGUCAAGAUGCCGCCGCCGACUCUGCUUCUGUCUCUGCAAGUCCUGACAACAACCCACACUCUGAACAACAACGACAACAACAAAAACAAAACCACAUGACCGAAAUUGUAGAUGUCAGAUCUACAAAAUCCGUCGACACCUUUGUCGCCUCGGUCGUACACCGGUACAAUGGACGUAUAGACCACGUCUUUAACUGCGCAGGUAUCAAUCCAACUAACCUCCCCACGGAAGACAUAACCGACGAGUACUGGUCGAAGCUGAUGGACACGAACCUGAAAGGGACUUUCGCCAUGACGAGGGCAUGCAUCCCCCACAUGCGCCGUGGCGGGUCUUUCGUCAACGUCUCUUCGGUUUGUGGUUUGUACCCGACGGCCGGGUUCGCCGUGUACUGUGCGACCAAGUACGGGGUGAUUGGGUUUUCAAAGUGUAUGGCAUUGGAACUCGGGGAGAAGGGGAUCAGGGUGAACGUCGUGGCGCCGGGGAUAGUCGAAACGCCCACGAACGUCGCAUUCCGUGCGGGACCGGAGAGGGUGCAGGAGCUCGCGAGGGAUAUCGGUCUGAAACGUACAGGCACGCCGGAUGAGGUUGCUGAUGUCGUGGUGUUUCUUUUCAGUGACGGGAGUAGGUUUAUGAAUGGGAGCGUGGUCGAGGUUGAUGGUGGUGUUGGUAUCGCUCAGUGA